CGUUUCUCCCCCACAAAAGUAGUGGACUGAGCCUUUAAUAAUAGGCGUCUGUAGCGCGGGUAACUCUCCUCUUUGAAGAAAACCAUUUGCAGCACCCACAAACUACUUCCAGUGGCUAUGGACUCGACUGUUUCUCCUGGUUUCAAUAUACUGUUAUUAAAAAGGGAAAGUAGAAGUGUCUAGUAGCUAGAGAACCUGUUCAGAACAGGGGUUGUCUUACAACGACAUAGACAGGGCUCUAUACUCCAGAACUCAAACCCUCCCCUGUACACCGGAGGCACCACAACACCAGCGCAGCGAAAAAACACAAGGUGUUUUUGGACAGUUCAAGGGACGCAGAAACGCUUCAACAGUGAAAGAUGAAGAUGCUGUGGUAUCUGUCUGUUCUGCAGCUGUUCCUGGCUCCAGCUCUGAUGCUGCCCAAUGGGGACUACUGGGAGGAAUGGAGUCCCUAUGGAGAAUGUAGUCGGAGCUGUGGGAGUGGGGUUACCAUGAGAACCAGGAGAUGUGUCAGCCAGAGGACUGACGGAGGGAAUAACUGUGUGGGACCAGACAAGUCCUACAGCUCCUGUAACAUCCAGGACUGCCCAGAGGGAUCUCGGGACUUCAGAGAGGAGCAGUGUUCUCAGUUUGAUGGAUCUGACUUCCAGGGAAAACGAUACAAAUGGCUCCCAUACUAUGGAGCCGACAACCUGUGUGAGCUGAACUGUAUGCCCAGAGGAGAGAACUUCUUCUACCGCCACAGGACAGCUGUGGCCGACGGCACGCCCUGCCACCCCGGGAGGAAGGAUGUCUGUGUUGAUGGAGUCUGUAAGCGUCUGGGCUGUGACAACAUGCUGGAAUCCCCCCAACAGGAGGACCCCUGUCUGCAGUGUGGGGGCAACGGACAGUCCUGCUACCCCGUCAGGAGCACCUUCAGCAUGACCAACCUGCCCAAAGGCUAUAACCAGGUGUUUAUCAUCCCUGUGGGAGCCACCUCCAUCCACAUCAGAGAGACUGUUGCCACUCGUAAUUACCUGGCCGUUAAGAACCUGCGUGGUGAGUACUACCUGAACGGCCACUGGGUGAUUGAGUUCUCCAGGGCCACUCCAGUAGCAGGCACCAUGCUAUACUACCAGAGAGGGGCUGAGGGAGAGAUGACUCCUGAGACCAUCAUCGGCCGUGGACCCACCACCGAGCCGCUGGUUAUAGAGUUGAUCAUCCAGGAACACAACCAGGGAGUAGAGUAUGAGUACUACCUCCCUAACGGUCGGUCCAGAGAGGGAUACUACUGGAGCUUCGGCUCCUGGUCUACCUGCAGCAGAGAGUGUGGAUCAGGCUACCAGUCCCGUCUGGUGUUCUGUGCCAUCGAUAACGAGGCCUACCCAGACUACCUGUGCACCGCCCUGCCACGCCCCCUCACCAACCGCACCUGCAACCCUCAGACGUGCCCUCAGACCCAUCGGAUGGCGUACCUGUAUCAGCCAAAUGCGUGGACGCCCUCUGAAAGCCCCAGAACAUAUGUGUACAGCUGGACAACAGGUGAGUGGAACGCAUGCUCAGUGUCGUGCGGCGGUGGUUCCCAGGUGCGCAGCGUACAGUGUGUCUCCCAUGAUGCAUCGGGGCCCCGCGUGGUGGAGGACGGCGUCUGUGCAGCCUACACUCCAGCCCCGCCCACCCUGCAGACCUGUAGCAUGCAGCGGUGUGCCUCCUGGAGGGCCUCUGCCUGGAGCUUGUGUUCAGUAACAUGUGGGACAGGGGAUCAGUCCAGAGAGGUGAUGUGUGUAGGAGAAGCAUCAGUCCAGCUAGCAGACACCUCCUGCUCCGCCUCACUCCGCCCUGUAGCUGCCCAGCCCUGCUCCAUGCCUGUAUGCCUACUGGCUGUCAGCUGGCACGUUGGAGACUGGGGACUGUGCUCUAAGAGCUGUGAGUCAGGUCUGCGUGAGCGCCAGGUGAUGUGUUCUGACAGAGAGAGGAACCUGUACCCAGUGGAACGUUGUAACUCUGUCCCCAAACCCCUCACAUUGGAGACGUGCAACACACAGCCCUGCUACCACCCACAAGCGACCCCCAGUAUGCAGGAUCCCAGAGGACAUGACAACACACAGUAUGGCUUCACUCCCUACAUGCCAGACCAUGCCACAGUCCACAGACCAGACAGUGUUGACCCCCAGACCAGCACAGUGUACCACCCUCACGGCUUCGGGCCGGCCCAACACUGUAGCCAGUCCUACUACGGCUGCUGCCCAGACGGCGCCACGGCAGCUGGGGGGGCAGGGGGUCUAGGCUGCCCACAGGUGUCCCGCUGGGCUCCACGCCCCGAGCAGGCUUUCUGCGCAACCACCAGGUAUGGAUGUUGCAGGGAUGGUGUGACUGUAUCACAGAGGCCCAACAGGGAAGACUGUCUGGAAUAUGUUCCUCAAGCUCCUCCUCCAGCUGAGAACAGUAUCCAGUGUCGCCUGACCACCUACGGGUGCUGUUUCGACCGUAUGUUCGUAGCCGCCGGUCCCAAUGGAGAGGGCUGCCCCAACCCACCAUACAACGUUCCCAGAACCACCUGUUCUCUGCCCAAGGCGGCCGGCUCCUGCAGUGGCUGGACGGGCCGAUACUUCUACGACGUCACCGCCUCCAGCUGCUCCCACUUCUGGUACGGCGGCUGCCACGGCAACAACAACAACUUCCUGACGAUUGCCGAGUGCCAAAGGACGUGCCCCGGUGCCCAGGUCAACCAGAUGAGCCAACCCAGUAGCCAAUCAAUCCAGACGAUUCAGCUGAGUCAACCCAGUCAGCCGGGAACAGGUCAGGACAUGAGCAAGGUCUUGACGGUGCAGCGCGGCAGCUCAAGGGGCUCAACCGGCGGGCGCCAGGGGACCAGCGCUGCCGACCACGCCCACCGGGCCAGAGUCCAUGUCCGCCGCCCCGCCCCCUACGGCGUCCUGCACACCCACCCUGCAGCGAGGUAAGAACCCGAGGAACGUCCAGGGACGUCUAGCCAUGCCCACCCCUGCUGCCCUCCGCCCGCUGCCCCGCCCGCGCGCUGCCCCGCCCACAGCCCCGCGCGCUGGCCCGCCCACAGCCAGCCGCCUGGCUAGGUGACGCUUCAACCCUGAGAAGGAAGCUGAGAUGAGCCAGUGAGAAACAAAGAAGCUUAACAACAUCCCAUGGAGCAAAGACAGACACACGCACACACACAAACACACACACACACACACACACACACAAACACAAACACACAAACACACACAAACACACAAACCCUGUUAUUGUAAUGGUGAGAGGUUAGCAUGUCGU